UGCCUAGGCAGCGCAGGUGGCACGAAAAAAGAUGGCGGCACCGGAGAGCCCGGUGCGGUCGCCGCCGCCCCAAAACUCGGAGGAUGCCCGGCUCUCAGUCCUCAAAAUUAUCGCCGAAGACGUCCAGGCGGCGGACCUCCAGUGGUCUCUCUUCGUGGCAGCGCUGCGGUCGUACCGCUACGACACCGUGCUGCGGCCGUUCCCGACGUCGUUCGCCGAUCAAGAGACUGACACGAAGCGCAUCGACGACCUCCGCGACGCGGCUGCCAGGGUUCCUCCGCUCGGCACCCUGUUGCCCGCGGGCUCCGCCACCAAGUCGUCGACCUCGGCGGCAACAGGUGGAGUACCCCGGGAGUCCUGGGAGCUGCUGCUCUGGGUGCUCACCUGCGGCGGCGUCCGUCUCAGGUCUCGGAAGAAGGAGGACGUGCCCGAACUGAGCGGCGACUCGGCCGUCGACGCCGUCUUCGAGGUCGAGCGCAGCCCGCAGGCCGACCGUCGUUUCGAAGCAACCCGCGGAGACCGCGAGGUCUUCUUCGCCUACCACGGCUCGCGGCUCGACAACUUCCACUCCAUCCUGCACAAUGGCCUGCUGACGCACAUGAACAAGAACGCGCUGUUCGGCUCCGGCACGUACCUGUCGAGCGAGCUGAGCGUCUCGGCCACCUUCAGUCCGGCCGGUUACGGCUGGCAGCACUCGAUAGUCAGUCCCGAGCUCUCCUGCGUGGCCAUGUGCGAGGUGAUCGACCAUCCGGACGUUAAGUGCCAGGACAGGGCCAGGAGUAAGCCCUCCAGGGCCUUUGCUCGGGACUCGAUGGCGGGCAUGGUUCCAGAGAGGUACUACCUCGUGCAAAACGACUCCGUGGUUCGCGUCAAGUACCUGCUGGUGUACACCGCGGCACGGCCCGCGUCACCACCCGCGCCGGAGAUCUUGCCGGCGGGCAUGAUGAUGACCGUGGACAGGGCCUACUACUCGCCGGGCUGGCAAGACUUUCUGCGCAAAAACAAGUCGUGGCUUAUGGUGGCCGCGUACGCGGCGUUGCUGUGCGGCAUCGGGCUGUCCAGUUCGCGUGUGGGACACAAGCUGAUGCUCAAGUUGUUCUACCGGUGACGACAAAGAAGAAAGCCUGACGCCGGCGGCCACGCAGUGUCCACUCCUAUGUCCGGCAAACGUGGACGAAAAUUUAGGCUGACGGGCGUACGGAGCUAAUUACCACCGCGUUUAGAACAGUGCGCGAGAUGCGAUGUUCCUAAAAAAGCUCGAAGGGACAAGUUAGACGAAGGAAAUCGACGUUGAAGGCAGAUACCUAAUCUCAAUUGUAAAACUGCCCCAUUUUAUUUUUUUUUACCCGCUGCGCUAUUAUACAGAUAUCUUGCAAAAGAUAUUUCGAUACUUCCGAUUAGUAUUACAAAUGUGCGACAGGGUACGACAUUGCAAAUGCAUUUUGUGAUAUAAAUUUACGGUGCCAUCUGGUGACGAGACGUCUUGGGCCACUGCCACUGAGUCGCAUCUAUAGUAGCAUUUCGUGAAGUGCCUUGAGUGGUUGGUGGGCUAAACGUUGGCCUGAGAUUAUCAGCCAACAUGUAUCCUCUUUCUCGAGCUGUUAUACUGCGCUCCAAGCGAAAGUUGCAGUCGUUAAAGUGAAGUUGUUAUUAAUUUGAUCUUGCUCAAUCUUUUGACGUUUAGAUGUUGACGUGUUCUGUUGGGAUCUCCCUUGCCCACGUUGUUGCACGUGCCACGUUUUUGUAAGCACGUCGUGCGAUUCGGCUCAUUUGCAUGUACAAUUGUUUUUGAGCGUAAAUCUAGCCGGCUGCUUUAUAACCCGACUACACUUCAUUUUUUUUAUUUCAAUUCUCCUGAACUUUCUAUCGAACCUUGAAUCUCUCACACGUGGCUGCACUUUUUUUUUAACGACUGCUACGUCGCUACCGAGCUACGCCGUUUGGCGGAUGCUUCAAGAUUGUUUUUUUUUUUUUUUUGCUUUCACGCUCACGGGAGUGCAGCAAGUGUCGAAUUUACGAGCUUCUGCGCUUCGUAUCUGCUCGCCACGAAGAGCGUCGUGAACUUUACAGCUGCUGAACGUUGUUCGACGAGGCAAGUCUAAACAGCUUUCAUUUAAAGUCUCGCUACGCGGUCACAUUGCUUCCACGCCUUUUAUAUCGAAGCGCUGUCGUUGAACACAUGGCAUUAUCUGCCAUGAAAAAAAAAGAAAAGAAUGACGUAAAUAAAUUAUUCGUGUAUACUUCA